GACAGUCUCCUUCUGGACUUGAGGUGGUUUAUGGUCCUGUGUUUGUUGUUUGUUUAAGCUUGGUGUUUACCUCUAGUAUUCUAUUCAAAAGACUCCUUUUCAUUUGCUACGCUUUUUCAUACACAACGCAUUCCCACCUAUACAUCUAUAAUUUCACAUCCAUAGACUCAAUCCCUCUAUAAUGUCCACUCAUUUUGAAUUGGACGGUUUGGAGGAAAGGAUUAAGGAGCAUGGAAGCUCUUUUGAUAGCUUGCUCAAGCUGAUCCCUGCACAGUAUUAUAUCACAAAGGAACUUUCAGAAGAGGAACAGAACUCAAAAUAUCAGCACAACAAGAAGAGGAAUGCUCCAAAGCAGGAGAUCAAGGAACGAACAAAGAAGGCAAAGAAGGCCAAGCUUGACCCUGAAAACAACAAAUCAGUAACCGAGAUCCAGUCCGAGAUGAUCACCAAAGCCAACAACAGCAUUGAUGAUGACAGUGACAACAGUGACGAUGAUGACAAUGAAGAAGCCGAUGACAGUGAUGUGGAAAUGGAUGGUCCUGAAAACAACGACAUUAUCGAGGAUGAUAGUGAGGCACCCGUCAUUGCUAAAUCAUCAACACACAAUUUUGAUGGCCUCUUGGCUCAAGUCCAGACCGCAGCCCAGACCCCGGCACAACCCCUCAAGUCAAUUACGGAAUUACGUGCAAAGCUUGAAGAGCGUCUUGCCAAGCUUCGUGGACGCCGUGGUGCUAAUGCUGAGGCGAACGGCGCUGGAGCGAAACCUACAUCCAGACAGGCGAUCCUGGAAGCCCGUUUGAAGAGGAAAAAGGAUAAGAAGGCAUCACAGAAAUUGGCCAAGGAGAAGAGAGCCGCUGGCGGAUCAGAAGGAUUGGUUGUGAAAGAGCCUGCUGCCUCAUCAUCAACAAAUGCUGGCCGACCUUCAGCAUCAUCCAUUAAUGAUAAGGGUGAAGUCCGAUUCAGCAAAUUUGAAUUUGCCGGUCUCCAAAAGAAGAAGAAGGGACCCACUGACGCACAAGGACAGCUCAAGAUGGUUGAGGCUCAUAAAGAAAAGUUAGCAGCGCUGGAGGCAGCCAAUCCCGAAAAAGCCAAUGCUAUGAAGGAAAAGGACACUUGGAAGAAGGCACUUCAGUUGGCACAGGGUGAGAAGGUUAAGGAUGAUGUCAAGCUACUGAAGAAGACGAUUAAACGCGAAGAAGUCUUUAAGAAGAAGAGUGCGAAGGAAUGGGGUGAGCGCAAGGCAACUGUCAAGAAGACCAAGGAUCAGAAACAGAAGAAACGUGAGGAGAAUAUUAAGGCACGCAUUGACGCAGCCAAGAACAAGGGCAAGAAGGGUAGUAAAGGAGCACCUAAAGGUGGCAAAGGCAACAAGAAUGGCAAACCAAAAGCGCGUGCCGGCUUUGAAGGAAAGAACGCCAAAAAAUCAUCGAAACCAUCCAAGAAAUAAUAAAUAAAACUAUUGC